AUGAAAACACCUAUCAAACACCAUCAGGUCAUCCAUGCCGGCUGGAUGAAUGAACAAGAAACCAGCAAGAGAGGUCCCAAGGGAGGUAUCCUGGCCGACAAAAUGGGACUCGGCAAGACUUUGUGCACAUUGACAAGUAUGGUUCAUGGAAAAUUACCAGCUCGCUCCAAAGAGUCAAGAACAAACCUCGUGGUCGUGCCCAAAUCACUGAAAGACCAGUGGAUCAUUGAGGCUCGGAAGCACACAAUACAACCAUCUUCGGACGGCAUGCUCGGGCUUGGCGCUAUCAUCUCAUACAGUACCGAGUCCAGUUCUGAGGCUCAGAUGCUGAUAUUUGAGGGGGCUGAUCUGGUCAUUGUCACAUACCCGGAACUUUGCAGUGCCUUCAAGAAUGUUAGAUACCCCAAGGAACUGGCUGAUGCAUCUGACAAGGAUAAGGAGAAAUUCUUCAACAAAUCCGUUCGACCCAAGCUCCCAGCAAUAUUCCGAUUCAAAUUCCGGGCAGUCUACCUUGAUGAGGGACACACUAUUCGCAACGUCGACACCAUCAGUUCGACUGCAUGCCACAAGCUUCUGAGCAAGUAUCGCUGGAUACUCACAGGAACGCCAAUGUUUAACGAUCCCACGGAUUUGUAUUCAGUCCUCGACUUUGUUCGACAUCCCACAGUCUUCAAAUUGACAUUCAAAGGUUUCAAGACACUUUACAAAGGCGUCGAGAAUUCUGACGAUGAUAAGAUCAAUCACGAGUGGGUAGCGACUCUCUUACACGAAACCAUGAGAUCGUGGACAUACGAGGAUGAACUGUUCGGUUACCCUUUGACCAUCAUACCGGAUUCGGUCACCUCUGAGCACUCCAGACACUUAUCGGUACCAGAACGCGCGAUAUACUCAGUCGUAUACGACCGUCUAAAGGAGCUUGCGCUAGAGGCGAAUCCCGACCCUGGACCUGACGGCGAGAAGACAUACAAGUUCGUCGCUGGGCUGUUCAUGGUGCUCAGGCAGAUGACAGGCCAUGUCCUUGUGCUUCGCCCCAGCACUUUCAAGCAUCUUACAGAUGAUGACAUGAGGGCCAUCUGUAGGGAGAUAAACCGUCCACCCGUCCGCGAUCCUUUUGCGGACGACUACAUCGCAGCUUUGCUUAAGCUGCAGAGAAGUACCACUUGCACAAUCUGCAAGAAAAGAACCAAAUAUAUCCGGUGGGCGGUCUGUCAUCAUGCCUAUUGCGAAGGAUGUCUUACUGAAAUAAUGCAUAUUGCCGCAGAACGUGGUCGUGCUGACGCGGUAUGUGAGCUUUGCAAGCUCCCGUUGGGUGAGCUCACUGAUGCGGCUCAGGAUGCGAAGGACGACAAACCCAAAUGGCUGAAUGAUAGCGGCAAAGCCAUUCCUUCGACCAAAUCGUCUGCGGUCGUUGACCUUGUCAGAAAAUGGAGAGAUCCUCUAACAGGAGAUCCACAAGCAAAGGUUCUCGUUCUUACCACAUACAAGGAAUCUCACAAGCUUCUAGCAGCUACUUUCGAGGAAGAAGACUGGAACUUCACAGCCUUGACAUCAGAGAUGUCGAAUGCGGAAAGAAACGAUAGUGUAAGUCGGUUCAAGCUGGAGCCUGAAACAUUCAUUAUGCUUGCUACAAGUGGAGUCGGAGGAACCGGCCUGAACUUGAUGAAUGCGAAAUACCUCAUCAACUACGAUCACUACUGGAACGAAGCCACCGAGGGGCAAGCGCGCGGCAGAAUUUACCGCAUCGGUCAAGUAGAAGAAACGACCAUCGUUAACCUCACAGCAGAGGGAACCGUUGACGAUCGUAUGAAGGAGAUCAAAGAGGAAAAGAUCAUGAACAUCGGAAAGGUC